AUGUCCGAAAAGCCGCCCAAGCUGAUUGAGGAGCUCUUGAAGCUCUUGCUGAUGGGAGAGGCACUCAACGAAACCCAGAAAAAACAGAUGAAGGAUUACAAGUUCUGGAAAACCCAGCCCGUUCCUUCCUUGGACGAAGUGGUGGACAACUAUGGACCAAUCGAGGUCAAGACACCGGAAGAGGUACCACUGGAGCCAUUGCCGCUUUUGAGUGAAUUUUACUGGUCUACGAUAGAUGUGGAGUCUCUGGACCAAUUGGACGAGGUGUACCAGCUUUUGUAUGAACACUACGUGGAGGACCAGGAUGCCACCUUUCGGUUCAAGUACUCCCAUGAAUUCUUCAAAUGGGCUUUGAAGCCACCUGGAUGGCGCAAGGACUGGCACUUGGGUGUCAGAGUGCGUGGCACCGACAAGCUCGUGGCUUUUAUUGCAGCUGUACCUGUGAUGUUGAGAUUGACUAAACCAGGAAACGAAAUCAAGCUGGUUGAGAUCAACUUUUUGUGCAUCCACAAGAAAUUGCGUUCCAAGCGUUUGACACCAGUGCUCAUCAAGGAAAUCACGAGGCGAGUGAACAAGGAGGAUAUCUGGCAGGCACUCUACACUGCUGGAAUCGUGUUGCCUUCACCGGUCUCCUGCUGCAGAUACACUCACCGUCCGCUCAACUGGCUGAAGUUGUAUGAUGUGGGCUUCUCCCAUCUCCCACAAGGCCAGACUAAGGCUAAGAUGGUAGCUCACUACUCCUUGCCUAACGCCACGAAAACCGAAGGCCUCAGACCCAUUGAACCAAAGGACAUUGACCAAGUACACGAUUUGCUCCACAAAUUCCAGGAGCGUUUCGAUCUUGUUCAGCGCUUCACUAAGGAAGAGGCAGCCCAUUGGUUCUUGGGUGGUGACGCCAGAGCUAGUGUGAUCAAGACAUAUGUGGUGGAAAAGGAAGGACGCAUCACUGACUUCUUUUCAUACUACUUGCUUCCUUUCUCCGUGUUGGAUAACCCUUCACACUCCGAAUUGGGCAUUGCAUACCUCUUCUACUAUGCAUCCGAGCUGGCGCUCAACGAUGCCGACAACUACAAGACUCGCCUCAACCUGUUGAUCAACGAUGCCUUGAUUACUGCUAAAGAGUUUAACGUGGAUGUGUUCAAUGCCUUGACGUCACAAGAUAACCCUCUUUUCAUCAAGCAAAACAAGUUUGGAAGCGGUGACGGUUUCUUGAACUACUACUUAUUUAACUACCGUAUGAAGCCUAUCAGCGGAGGUGUUGAUCCAAAAACGAACCAAAUUGAUGAAGACAAGGGUUCUGGCGUGGGUGUGGUGCUUUUUUAG